AUGGUCACUGCGUCCUCUGCUACCAGCAUUAGUGCAAUACUACACAUUGCUAUUGAAGCAUCGCGUGCUGCUGGUGUCCACAUGAAGUCACAAUUAAGUACGUCACGUAUAGAGAAGACAAAAUCAUCCAAGGACGAUCUUGUGACGAUUGUAGAUAAACAAUGUCAGGACGUCGUAUUUGCCACCAUUAAAAGCACGUUUCCAAGCCAUGAAUUCUUGGGUGAGGAGAAUGUUGAACCUGGCAGUGAGGCCUCAGUUCGUGCAUUGGAGGACAUGAUGAACAAGGAGUGGCUUUGGAUUGUAGAUCCAAUCGAUGGCACUACCAAUUUUGUACAUCACCGUCCAGCCAGUGUCGUAUCUAUAGCAUGCGCACAUUUAGGUAACGUGGUGGUAGGUGUCGUUUAUGAUCCGUACCGGGAUGAGCUUUUUACAGCCCAGAAAGGAAAAGGCACCUUUUUGAAUGGUCAUCCAGUGUACGUGAGUCACGAAGCUUCAUUUUCAGAAGCCUUGGUGGGAUUUGGCAUUGGUACGAAGGACAUUGUGAGACUACCAAUGCUUGACUUUGCACGGGAGCUUUCGGCCAAUUGCCGAGGACUGCGUUUGCAAGGAGCUGCAGCUAUGGAACUUGCGUGGACAGCUGUUGGACGUCAAUCGGCAUUUUACGAGCUCGACCUUAACUCGUGGGAUGUUGCAGCUGGAGCACUCCUGGUCACCGAGGCUGGUGGACACGUGACGAAUAGUGACGGUACACCCUUUUCACUCAGUACGCGCAACAUUGUCGCGUCUAAUAACAAGGGCGACAUUCAUUCAAGCAUGAUUGAACUUAUUGCCAAAGCUGACGCUGUGCACGUGCGCAACUAA